AGCUUGUCACUGUACUGUAAUGUAUCGCUACAGUACAGUAUAACGAUAAUGGUAAUACUAACUCUUUCCGGUUGACGGAAUACGUGGCCAAAACUGUUCUAUAUAAUAAUCCAUUGCCGUAGUGGUUUAUUCUUCAAAUUGCUAGGCUAUUAAUAGUUUAAUCUGACGUUGCUUCCUGCUAGUUUGAGCUUGUGUGUAGGAGGGGUAAACGUCGCCACAAACCUGUAAGAUCAUCGAUACGCCAGCUACUACGGUACCGUACCAUCUGGCCUAGAUUUUUGUUAAACAUGCAACAGAAUCAAGCAAUAAUCGUGUGUAGCGUCUACCAAUCGGAGACAAGUGAAUCUAUCGUUAGACUUAUCAGAGACUUAUGUCCCAGUCAAGAAAUUAUAUUUCAACCACUUCAGAAGACAACUCAGUUCGACGGCAAGAAGGUUGUCUUUUGCCAUUCUAGUUGUAGUGGACGUCUGGCAUUGACUGAUGUUAACGACUCGAUCUACGACAGUGCUGUCAAAGAUGCCAGUAGGACUGUUGGUAAAGAAAAUGUUGCCUUUGUUGUAACUGAUGUUGAAGCAACAGAUGUAUACCUCAGAAGGAAGAUGAUCACGCAGACACAGCAUACUUUGGUGUCAGAAACUAACUUGCUUUUACUGUUAGGCAAAGUCGACGACAUUGAUGGUGAGGUCUUAGGCCAGUUUAAAGAGUUUCUGACGAUACAUUCACCCCAACGCCGACCAUUUCCCCCACAGGAUGGGCCUAAUCAACCACCAUAUUAUGAUUUACUAAAAUUGCUUCCACAAUUUGCAUUUAUGGUUAUUAUAAUUGCGUGUUUUGUGAGUGUCAAUUCCAGACUAGACCUCUUUCAGAGCCACAUCAACAUGCUGCGACAAGAGUCGUUUGAUCGAAUACAUCAUCUUGAACAAACUCUUGAAGUGGAGUUUCAAAGUAAAUUAGAAACUAAGAUGGAAGACUUGCGAAAAUCAUUAACAGAAAAAAUGGGAUAUCAUACAUCACAGUUGCAAAUUGAUCUGCGCCAUCGGAUCGAAGAUGUGCAAACAAAGGUAUCAAAUAAAUUGCAGACAGAACUACAGAACCACAGUAAUGUGCAGCGUAUGCAAGCAGAUCAUAUUAAUCAAACACUUAUUUUUUUACAACAAACAGUUAACAUGACGCUGAAACAGAGUAAUGAUAAAACGACGUUGGAAACAUUAUUGCGGGAUAAUAUCAACGAUUUCAAAAAAGAAUUUCAAAAUGAACUAGACUCUAAGAUGGAAGACAUCCAAAGUUCAUUAUCAAGGGACAUGGAAAAGCAUAGAUCAAUGUUGACUGAUCUCGCUUCUCAAAUCACCAAUUUAGAAUUUGGUAUACAAACAGCAAUAAAGGAAGGACACAGGCAAGAACAAGAUUCACAGUAUUCAGAACUACUAAAUAUAACCAAAGAUUUUCAAAAUAACUUACACUCGAGGAUAGAGGAGAAAAGCUCACAGUUGCAAACUGAUCUGCGUCAUCAGAUCGUUAGUGUGCAAACAGUUGUAUUGAAUAAGUUGCGGACAGAACUAAAGAGCCACAGUAGUGCCCAGCGUAACGACUCCACUAUGCGAGCGGAUGAUAUUGAUCAAAAACUUGUACUACUACAACGAUCAGUGAACAAGACGCUGGAAUUAAGUGUUGAUAAAACGACAUUGGAAAAUGUGUUGCAGAAUAAAUUGAACGAUCACGAAGUGCCGUUUCAAAAUGAACUAAAAACUAAUAUGAAAGAAAUGCAAAUUUUAUUAACAGAAAACAUGGAAAAUCAUAAAUCAAACUUGACUGCUCUCGCUUCUCAAAUCACCAACAUACAAACAGCGAUAAUGGAAGGACACAGGCAAGAUCAAGAUUCACAGUAUUCAGAACUAAUAAAUGUAACCAAAGAUAUUAGGAAUAACUUACAAUCGCGCAUGGACAAUAGCUCACAGUUGCAGGCCGAACUACAUAGUACAGUCAACGAUAUGCAGACGAGAAUAGAAGGUCGAUGUUCAGAAUUACAAGACCUAGGAAAAGAAGUCCAAAGUAUUCAUACAAGAUUACAAAACUUACAAGACAGUGUGGGAAGAUUGAAGUCAGAAUUGACAGAGUUUAUAACGAAGAGAGUGACAGGUCAAUGGAAUUAUAUCAAGAAUUCUUUUGAAGACCUAAAAUCUAGCUUUCAAAAUAGUAUGGAAAAUCUCAAAGAUCAAUUAAAAAGCAUAGAAAGUAAACUUAAAGAUGAUUGAACAAAAUUAUAGAGCAGGAAGGAUUGCGGUCAAUCUAUAUAAUCUUAUGUUGUGUCCAAAGACAUCAGUCACAGUGAUACUUCAAAUGACGUAGCAAAUCAAGGUGCCCCAACAUUAAUAAAUAACAUGGUGGUCUUACGUAAAAAUUACAGGCUAAAUUAGAAAUAAGAGUAGGGAAAUUCUUAGUUCACUAAAAACAGAUCAGGUCAAAGGUAACGUUAAAAGAAUGACAUGGAAUUUCAUAGCCAACAUGAAUUAGUAGAUGGUAAUGGGUAACCCAUGCGUGAUUAUGCGUAUUUGACUGGUACGUUUUUAAUGCGUAGAGUUUUUUUGUUUAUUGUUUUUUCUUUGCGUUAAAUAGGCCUACCGUUUUUGUUUAUUAACUGGUACGCUAAAUAAACGUCGUAACAUGUUAAUUCAUAUAUUAGACGGGGUUUAGCCAAGAUAUCAGUAGCUAAAAUUAAUAAAUAAUAGAAAACACAUAGUUGAUAUUCUGUUGACUAUCCGGUAGCCGUUAGGCACACUUGUCGAAACUACUCACACAUUCUUCAAAAUAUUGUGAUUUCAAUUGAUGACAUUACCCUAAUAUCCACCCCUAACACUGGCCUGCAACAGUUUGCUGGUGUCUGUGAAUCUUUUGGCAUGAAUCAUAAUAUUAGCUUUAAUCACAAGAAAACUAUAUGGUAUGGUCUUCUCACUUAGAAAGACGUCUGAUGGCUUACAUAAAAUUAAAUUCUGUGGCAAUGAGCUAAAGAUUCUUCAAGAAAGAUAGGCCUACUCAAGAUAUAAGCGACAAUAUAGAUCCACGUUUAUAAGAGCGAAUAUUAUGUUAAGUCGUAAAUUGAGCAAAUGCUCAAAUGGAGUAAAAAGCAGUCUAUUCUGCUCAGUUUGUGCUACGUAAUGCAGUGGUCUUUGGGCCAACUAUACACUGGUUAAUAUUAGAGAGCUUCAAGUAUGUUAUUGUAAUACAUUAAGAAAACUCCUUGGUCUGCCAGUCAACUGUUUGUCUUAGAUAAUGUACCUUCUUUCUAUGAAUUUAGAAAUAAACAAGUUAGUUAAAACAGUUUAUAAAUAUUGUCUUUUUUGGCUUUUUUGUUAUGCUAUUUUCUGUGUUCUGCUUUUGUAAUGUUCUUUUUGUAUUAUGUAUUUCAUAUGGCUUUUAAUUCCUGAAAUAAAGAUUUGAUGAUGAUUAUGAAUUGAUUCCAGUUACUAUAAAUAGCAUAUAAAAUGUAACAUCCUCUUUUAUGAUCCUGGGUCAUCCAAUUCCAUCCUAGUCACUGAAUUUUCAUUGUGGAAGUUGAUGCAACUGUGAAGCAAUUAAUUUUAUUUUCAUUUUUUUAACAUGCGGGUGUGUUAAUGUUAUAAAGGAUACAGUCAUAAAGCACUGUCAACAUUACCAUAUUAUUUUAUGUAACAAAUAAAUGUAAUGUCUACAAAUUUGUCACAUAAAAUGUAAUAGUACGUGUGAACGCUUAUUUCAAUGCAUAUCAUAAUAAGACUCAUAGUUUAGCUACAAUAACCUCCUUAUAAAUUACAUUUUGAUUAUUUUAACAUGCAUGUAAAUAAUAAAGUAAUCAGUACUACAUUGAGACAUCUGCGGAGUAUUUGCUUUGGUUUUACGUCAAUUUCCAUACAUUUAAUCUCUUUAUUCAAGUUACUAGUCGAUAUAUUCUGUGCAUACAUUUACUGUACAACUAAAACAAUAGAAAGAAUUCUUUUACAAAAAUAAUUCAAGCUUCAAAUAUCAUUUUUACAAGUUAAAAAGUACAUAUGCCACCAGGAAAGACAAUAAGAUGGCGUCACAUUGUUAUUGCAUACCUACUGUGACGUCAGACUAAAAUAUAUCAAGGUAGAAGGUAGGUGGAAUAGCAAAGGCACGUUGAUAAUAUCAAGGUAAAUAUUAGACAUAAGAUUUCUUUAAAAUAGAACAACAAAUAUACUGAUUUUACUAACGCGUUUCGUGCUCCUGAUUUGCAUCAACAUACAUAUUAGUAAACAGUCUAUAUCAUCGGUU